UAACAUAUCAAAUUGACUAGUUGUUUCUAAUUAUUUAAAGUAGUAUUCUAUUUUUUUUUAUUAGUGAAAAGACGGUUGAUGAAAGAAAAAAGAAUGGAACUUUGGAUUAGUUUGUUCAAAAAUCCAUUUUUUUUUUUUUUUUCAAAAAAUUAUUUCGCAUGUUGGUAUGAUUAAGUUGGAAAAUAUUUUAGAUCCCCAUUUAUAAAUUUCUGGAUCCGCCAAUAGAACACGUGUGUCAAGUUCGACUCACAGAUCCUUUAAAAAAAAAAUCAACUCACGAAAGUAAACCGUAAUUCAAGUUUGUUAAGCAAUAGUAAAAAAUUAAGGCAAAGAGAACACAACCUCUAUACUCCGAGUCUCCGACUCCACUGUCUCACUCACCUCCCCGGAAUCCCACCUCCCCGGAAUAGUAAAAAAUGCCAAAUUCCUCAAAUUCUCAUUCUUUCCUCAAUUUCAACCCAAAUUCCCAAAUCCAUUUAAACCCUAAUAAUUCCCAAAAUUUCCCCUAAUAUUCCUCAAUUUCACUCUUCCCCAAAAAACUCCAUUAAAAUCAUGUACAUUUCCGAUUCCAACCACAACCCCACCCCAAUUACCACCACCUCCAAACCACCUUCAUCAUCUCUCGACUUCUCCGAUGACGAUCACCACAACGACAUGCUCAUCGAAGUGGGUCCCACCCACCACCCCCACCCCCACCCCCACCAAAUCCAUGAACCGCACCGUUUACCCUCUUCGGCGACAACACCGUCUUCUUCGGGCCCGAAGAAGCGAGCCGAAACUUGGGUUCAAGACGAAACCCGGAAUCUAAUUAGCUUGAGGAGAGAGAUGGAUUCUCUGUUCAACACUUCUAAAUCAAAUAAGCAUUUGUGGGAGCAGAUUUCGGCCAAAAUGAGGGAUAGAGGGUUUGAUAGGAGUCCUACUAUGUGCACUGAUAAGUGGAGGAAUUUGCUUAAAGAAUUUAAGAAAGCGAAGCAGCAAAUGGGUAAUGCUGCAAAUGGGAAUGCUAAGAUGUUGUGUUAUAAGGAAAUUGAAGAGAUUUUGAGGGAUAGGAAUCGUUGCGUUACGAAUUCGGCUGGGUAUAAAAGCCCUAAUCAUAAUAGUAAUGAUGGGGUUAAUAAUCAUUCUUCUAAGGUUGAUUCUUUCUUGCAAUUCUCUGAUAAAGGUAUUGACGAUGCUUCUAUUCCUUUUGGACCCAUUGAAGCUAAUGGGAGGCCAACUCUGAACUUGGAGAGGCGUUUGGAUCAUGAGGGACAUCCUCUUGCCAUUACUGCAGCUGAUGCCGUAACAGAUGGGGGUUGCCCCCCAUCAUUUUGGCGUGAGACUCCUGGAAAUGGUGAUGAUACUCAUCCUUUUGGUGGGAGGGUGAUAAUUGUCAAAUGGGGUGAUUACACUAAGAGGAUUGGUGUAGAGGGAACUGCUGAGGCCAUCAAAGAUGUGAUCCGAUCUGCAUUUGGUUUAAGGACAAAGCGUGCAUUUUGGUUGGAGGAUGAGGAACAGGUUGCCCGAUCCCUUGACAGGGACAUGCCACUAGGCACCUACACUCUUCACCUUGAUCACGGUAUGACGAUUAAGCUGUGCUAUGAGGAGUCAGACCACAUUUCAUAUCCCGGUCAGACGAUAUCCCACACCGUAGAUAAAACUUUUUACACCGAGGAUGAUUUCCGUGAGUUAAUGCAUCGCCGGGGAUGGUCAUGUCUUAGGGAGUUGAAUGGCUAUAGAACUAUCGAUAAUUUGGAUGAUCUUCGCCCAGAUGAAGUAUAUCGUGGUGUGACUUGAAAAGCUGAGGGCAGUUUGUUGCUUGGUGGGUGACUGGGUGGUGCCCUUACUCUUUGUUCGCCGCCAGAUAUCUUUUACCAUAGAGCACAUUUAUUUAGCUUAAGUGAUUUGCGGACAGAAAAUUUUCCAUUUUCUGACCUUUUGUACAGAACUACAGAUAGAGAAUUGCCUUAUUAUAAAAACUUCUAAUUGUAUAUAGUUGCCUUGUGUAAUAUAAGUCAGCAGCCUUACUUUAAACAUGGCUCAAAUUCAUCUAAUAAUUGACUCCUUACAUUUUCAA